AAGGUGUUCGACGAAAUUCUCAACCCAAAAAUCCAGAGAGAGAAAAGAUGAGGAAGAAAGGAUCAAACAAGAAGCCACCCAAUUUCCCUUCUGGAUCGAUGCCUUCAGUGACACUGAGAGAGGAAUCUAUUGGGAAGAGGAAAACCAGUGUGAACCCCAAGUCCAUGUUCAAACUAGAUCACCUUCGAAACCUUGCUGUUUGGGCCAGCGGCGAAGCAUCUAUACCUUCUUUGGGUGCCUUUUUCGGGCACAGAUUGGCUGCUGUUCGUGAGGCGUUGGGGGCACCACCUGACCCAUCGUUGGUUACUUGCCAGAGGUGCGAAUGCAUUCUUCAGCCUGGAUACAAUUGUACUGUUCAAAUUGAAAAGAAUAGAGCAAAAGCAAAGCGUAGUAGACACAAAAGGCCAAAUAUUUCCACUCAAAACAAUGUCGUCUACACAUGCCACUUCUGCUCGCAUCGAAACCUGAAGAGAGGGACUCCUCGAGGCCAUACGAAAGAGAUAUGUCCUCCAAAGGCCAAACAACCCAUGAAAUCGAAAUCUUCACGUGCAAUCAUCCUAAAGUCUGUCAACUCAGAGAAACCUGCAAUGAGCAACCCUGAGGUUAAAAGGACGGAUGAGAUUGCCUCGCCAGCAAUGACUACAGAGGAUCUUGUGACAGAGACUCCAGCAACGCCUUCAGUCAGCACUUGUACAAGUUUGUUGGAGGCAAAGAGAAGGAAAAGGAAUAGAUCGGGGUCUAAGAAAGCAGUUGAAUCAGAGAGUAAUUCUGCUGCAUUAGAUGCAGAAAAAUCUGCCGGCACGUCAAAAAAACGGAAGAAGAAACCUUGGACGAGUCUGAAGGAAAUUGCUGAGCACAGUGAGCGUGGCAACAACCGAAGCCUCACGAAUUUAGCAAUCCCAUUUCUCAUAUGUGGUGGUCAAUGUUGUCCAUAAUGUUCAGCUACUUAGGAGACUAGAAAGGAGCAAAAUAACUGUUCUCGUUCAAUUUUAUGAGCGAAUGGGUUGAUUUAUCUGCGCCUAGGAUGAGGAUUUUCCUUUUUGUAAUCUAUAGAUUCAAUUCGGAUGAAAGCUCUAGGAAUCACCAGGUUUUAUUCGAUAUGUAGCCUGGGUUAUGUGACGGCCUGAAUUUUUACAUUGUCUCAAAUAAAAUUUGUCUCCAAUAA